AUGUCAUUAUCUGAAGAAUCAAAUAAAUUUGCACAUGAUAAAAUUCAAUGGUUACUUGAAAAUCAAUGUCGAAUACCAGUACGUUCUACAACACCAAUUCAUUAUUAUUAUAAAACAUCAGAUACUUUAAUUGAUCAAGCUGAUUAUUAUUAUCAAACAAAUCAAUUCGAACAAUCUUUUAUUCUUUAUUCAAGAUAUAUAACAUUAUUUGUUGAAGAACUUAAAAAAUAUCAUCGAGAUUUUCCUAAUGUAUCAAUUAAUGAUCGAGAACGGGUUAAAGAUAUUAUUCGUACAAAAGCAUUUCCACGUGCCGAAGAAUUAAAAGAGAAAUUAAAAGAAAAAUAUAUUCGAGAAUAUCAAGAAAAACAAGUAUUUAAUUAUAAUUAA